UAUUUCUAAAAUGGAGGAGGUUGCAAGCAUGCCACCAUCUGGACUCUCACAGAGGUAUCUUAAGAGAAAGAAGGCCAAUUUUGUGUUUAAGACAAAUAAUUAUUCAGGGAAGAAGCGUAGAGCAGAUGAGAAUGCUGAGAAUCCUACUGAACCUACUAAAAAGCAGAUGACUGAGGAAGAGAAUAAGGCUGAUGAACCAAUGCAAAGAGAUGACUUAAUAACAAUGAAGGAUAUCUACACUAGCUCAGCUGAGUUCUUUGAUUCCUUAAUGAAAGAAGACCUGCACCAAAGAGUCCUUAAGGGCUCUAGAUGCCAAUAUGGUAAUUUUGAUAGAUAUUACAUACCAAAUGACAAAGGGACGAAUGGCGUGAGGAAUAAAAUUGAUAUUUUACCUCAAGAAUGGUUUGAACACAAGAAAAUACUUGAUAUCGGCUGUAAUGAUGGCACUUUUACAUUAGCCCUGACUCUUGAUUUCAACCCAGAUUUAGUAAUUGGAGUAGAUAUUGAUGACAAGUUUAUAUCAAGAGCUAUUAAGAAUGUUCAUAAAGUCACAAAUGAUCUAUUGGGAAGCUAUUUUGGAAGAGGAAGCAAUGAAUAUAAUGGGAAAGAGAAGGAGAGCAUAGAAAAGGAGGAAGAAAAGGAGGAAGAAAAGGAGGAAGAAAAGGAAGAAGAAAAGGAAGAAGUGAAAGAGACGAAAGCUGUGAUAGGUCCUGCUAUUGGACCAUCUAUGAAACCCUCAAUUGGUCCAGAAAUCAAGCCUUCCACUAAUUCUGAAGCCACCCCUUCAAUUGGGCCAGAGCUAAAACCAUCAAUAGGCCCACAAACCAACCCAUCAAUUGGUCCAGAGAUUAAGCCAACUAUUGGCCCCCAAAUAGGCCCAUCUGUAAAUCCCAAAAUUGGCCCUCCUAUCGGUCCCUCAAUCGGCCCCUCUCUACGACCAAGCUCAGAUCCAUCCCCUCAACAAGAGCCUGAGAAGCUGCCAGAGACUGCUAAAAUCUCAGAAAAUUCCCCAAACGAAAUUCAAGAACCCACAAUGAAAAACUUAACCACUCAGGACUGUAUCAUGCAGAACAUAGAGACACUGCCUAAAUCUCUAAGAAUAUCUCUCUCACUUCCAAGUGUGCUGAAGGCAAUCACCACUAAGGAGGCAUUCACAAAUAAGGUGUCAAAAGAAGCAAAGAAUUUCCUGUACGAAAGGCUUUGCUUCAGGAGUGAAAAUUUCAUUGCAAAUUUAGAGCCAACAUUUGAAAAAUUUGAUGUGAUUUUAUGCCUUAAAACAGCAAAGUGGAUCCAUCUUAACUUUGGAGAUGCUGGAAUAAAGGCCCUGUUUCAUAAGGUCUAUGAGAGCCUAUCCCCAGGAGGACUCUUUAUUUAUGACUCUUCGAAUUGGAAGGGGUAUAAGAAGAGAAAGACAAUGGGAGAAACACUCAAAGAAAAUUUUGACCUCAUCCAGUUCAAGCCAGCAGAAUUUGAUAAUUACUUGAAGCAGAAGGUUGGUUUUGAGUUUAAGACCGCUUUGAAAUUUCCAGAAGAAGAUCACCAGAGACCUCUUCUUGUGUACUCUAAGCCUGAGUAA